AUGACAUCAGCGACUUCCGGCCUUGCGCAGAAGCUGCUGCUGGUUGGCUGUGGGUACCUGCUCGGUAUGCUGAUGGUGGAAUUUACGGUAGACCGGAGCACGCUCACUCCGGGGCUGCAUUCGAACGUUUACUGCGUCUUGCUGGACGACGUGUUCGCGGUCGGCGGCGCUUUUCGUGUUUGGAUCCCCAUUAUGCAUUGCAAAUAUGUCUGGGUCUGGGAGGAUGCGAACUUGUCAUGCUAAGUCAGGAUCGUACAAAAAUUUGUGUUGCAUGACUACCAAAAGCUGUCCAGUUUUGAACAAGUUUAGAGGCAGUUUGUCAUGGAGGAUAGGCAUGAUAGAUAGGGACGUCGCAGAACCUGUCAUGCUAGGUCCUGCAUUCCAAACCUCAUGGGGCAUGGUGGAAAAUAUGCAUGAGAAGUUUGCAUCCUUCCAGACCCAGACACAUUUGCAUUUGAUACCCAUGGCAGUCACCGGCGGGGCUUUGCUGCUGCAGACCUACGACGCAUACUACCGCGCUGGACAAGCGUCGUCUUCGGUUCAUUAUUCUGGAAGCUUUUUCUUGAAAAACGAGGAAGACCGCUCGCGCUUUGGGGACGAACCACUGACCGCCGGCGUAGCCGCGACGGGACACCGACCAAGCCUUGGGUCCUCCACCACAAGUGCGCUCGGGACAGGUGCGACGACGGCACGACAGCGGAACAGGCAGGUGAAUAAAUCGCCGAGUAGUCGUGGCAGAAGUAGCAGUGGCAAAAAUACUGCGACGAGGAGAAAAAGCCCGGCCGCCAGCGGGAUUGUGAAAAAAAAUGCGCAGAUGAAAGCGGAGAGCGCACGAGUCGACGAGGUGGUGGAUGCAGGAGAGGAUCAUCAUGCGACGAAAACUUUGGCUUUAAAUCUCGCGUCUAUCUUCAUAUUCGGGGUGCCGUGCUUGCUGUUUUUUGGGCGGACCCUGUGGGCGACCAUGUCGUACUGCGCGUCAGGGACGCGGGCGCUGGAGGGCGAGGCCUCCAUGAUUCGGGACAUCAUGGGCUUCUCGCACUUUAGUCUGAUCUGUCUAGUUCUCUCCGUCGUUGGACUCCAGCUGUACAGUCACUGAGGAGGUUGUAAUUUAAGUCUUCGAUGCAGUAUCUAUUGCCUGUUUCCGCGAAUAAUUGCGGUGAUGAACAAGAGUCACACGCACAUGAGCAACAUGAUCUUCUGGGUAUAUAGUAAUUGUAACCUCCUACUUCGCGUGUAGUUACAGACACACUGCGGCUAGCUUUCCCUGCUACAUGCAAG